GGUGGUUCCCGUCAGCUCCGCUUCUUGAUGAAGAGUCGUGACAGUGGAGACCCAGACCCCCUCUGCGAGCGAUCCGCCGCAGGUGUCACAACCAGCGCUGCGAAACAUCCUGCCUGACAACAUCGUCAAGUGGUACGGACGGCAUGGCACGGGCGGUUAACAACACAUGACGCUUCAGCACUAAGGAGAGUAACAGUACGUCUUGAGAGGAGCAGGAGGCGGACACGAUUUGCAGUGGACACCACCGUCUGUUUUAACAUUUGACAACCGCGACUCUCCCCGACUAUCGCCGACUUCGCCUGACGGGACGUCCUAAGCUAGCGUGUCCGACACUACGGCUCCUCCGGACCGCGCCUCAGGCGGUGUGACGUCAGACCUGCGUUCUAUCGAUCGUUGCUUCUCUGAUAUCUUCGAGCUGGGAACGAGAGCCUGUCACCUGGGAACGACCAAUUCACCACCGACCAUCCCGCCACCACCGCCUCCACUAUGGGCUGGGCCUUCAUGUUGUUCCCCUUCCUACUGAGCCUCUUCGCGCCGUCCAUCCGGAAACCUAGCUACUCGCGAUUCGUCUCGCGGUGGGACGCGGCCUGGAGGCCCCAGCGCUUCGGGAGGGACCCGAGCCGAGUCCCGAGGAGCGAUCCGUACCCGUACGAUGACCUCCAGCGGUGGCUAGAGAGAAAGCAGCAGCAGCGGCCGCAGCCUUUCAGUGCCGGGUCCUUCCAAGACAACGACUUCGACCCAGGCCCGGAGUUUUCUGGCCUGAAGACACCGGCUAAAUUUGGUCAAGAAAGAUUCUGGAAUGACCGUUUCCCGACAGCCCUGGCGCGGUACAAACCGUCCAACCAGCGGUACGAAACGUUUCCGUCACCGUUUUCAAAUAUCCUGAACCAACGCUUGGCCCAAAGUUUGAACCGACCAGGUAGCUAUGGACACCAGGCAGCCGAUCCGUACCGAAAAACGUUCGAAGCUUUGAUAGACAUCGUCCAAAAUCGCCUGAUUGCCGAGCUGUUACAACGGUUAUGGAAUCAGCACCAACGACAGCGAGGAAACGGGGCCUCGCCGACCGAGAGUGUUGUACAGCUGGCACGAUAUCCGGGCUACGAUCGCCAGGCCCCGUACGGAAGUAAGCUCCAUUCUCCGCAGCGCGAACCCUCAACCUCACGAAUUUCAACUUCGCGUCCAAGCGAAAGUACCGAGAAGGACAAGGUCAAGAUCAAGUGGAAUCAACCCAAGGUCGUCCUGUCCAAAACAGCGCAGCACGGCUUCAGAGGUCCGUCCGGAACUAGCCUCUACUCGGGACAUUCUGGAGGAACCUCCGGCAACACUCUCUACUCCGGACAUCCCGGAGGAACGUCUGGCAAAAGCCUCUACUCGACGCUCUCCAAAGGCACAUCUGGCAACGGAAUCUACUCCGGACACUCCGGAGGCCCGCACGGCAAUAGCCUAUACGCCGGUUAUUCCGGAGGAACGUCUGCUGGUAAAAGCCUCUACUCCGGACAUUCCGGAGGCACAACCGGCAAUAGCCUCUACCCCAGGCCUUCUGGAGGCGCAUCCGGCAACAGCAUGUACUCCGGUUAUUCCGGACACAAGCAGCCCGGACACCAAGAAUCCAAUGCAAUCAACCCGUUGGCCUUCCGGAAAACCAGAGAAGCAGGGAACAGGAAAAUGCAUUGAGGAAGGCGUCACCGUGACACAGCAAGCACAACGUAAUCGGAGCAGACCACUCAUUAUAGAACAGGUUAGUUAGUAAUAAUACAGCCCCGAGCGACUCACAAAAAUAAUUCCGUAUUCAAGAAGCUUAAGAAAGUUGUUUCGAAAGAAGGAAUCAUUCAGAAAGAUUAAAUGCGGCACUUGGGGAUGCGGAGACGUCGCGCGAUCGCGAGUAGAGACAGAGUAGAGUUUCAUUUUUUGUGACCUGUGCGGUCAAGCUUCGGGACCGAUGAUGCAAAAAAAAAUUAGUAGGUGUCUCAAGAAGCUUGGGAGAGCACAAGAAGUUGUGUCUCGUCUAAUCGAAGACGAAGACAUUCGCAUAAAAAGGUCAGGGUCAGAGUAAUUUUCGAUUGGGUAGUUAUAGACCCGUAAGAGUAAAGACCUGUGAUUGGGUGGACAGUCAGGUCAUAGGUCAAGAUAUUGUCAACAUUAAGUUGUAAAACGUUUUUUUUUUGUUUCUUAUAUUCAGGAUUUCAAAUAUGCUGAUUUAAUUGGUGUUGUUUAGUGGACAGCUAUUCCAUGCAGGUACCUAAGUAUUCCUGGUUUUAUUUUGAUGGAACGAAAGUGAACGUAAUCGUAGAACCUGGAGUAAGACUAACAACAUUUUCUUUGAAAUGAAAACAGAGAGAGUGACUACAAUUAAUAGUAAACUCACAUUACAGCUUGCAGAUCUCUUGUGAUCCAGGAAUUUACCAAGGCCCUGCAUAGAGUAGUAGCCUUAUGAUUAUGAUGAUUCAUAAAUCACCAGAAACUACCAAAAUCAGGUCACGACCAUCGUCUUGUUGUUGUUGUUGCUGUUGUUGUUGCAUUGUGUCAUUGCUGUGAAAACAUCCUGUUAGUGAAUACUCAGCAAUAAGGAAACUUUACGAUGCAAUCCAGAAAGAAAUGUCGACAAACGCAUUUAUUGAUGACAAGGCUGUGGCAAUUACUUAGAAAUUGCGACGUUGUGGCGGAAAUACAAGGCAUAUAGAAUUUGUGGCAAACUUGAAACAGUGAAGGAAAUUGUGACAGAAAAUGUCAAACAAACAUGAGGGAAGUGGAAUGAUCUUGGGAAGCAACAUCCAAAUUUAGCAGAUUAUUGUGGCAGAUGCCAAAGAGCGUUAGGAACCUGUGAUGAAAAUUCGACACAUCCCUUUCAUUGCGGCUAUCGUAAGAAUACUGGCAACAACCUGUGCCAGGUCGUACCCACAGAGACCGUCUGUGGUAAGUAUGUAACAUGAGGAAAUUGUAGCCAAUGGGGCAGCUUGUGAUAAAGUUGUAACGCAGUGAGUAUGUAACUAUUAUAACCAGGAAAGGCAUGC